AUGGACCCAGAUGAGAAUGCCUUGUCAGAUUCGAGCAGUGAGCCCACUAGCCCCUUGCUCUUCUCAUCCAAUGAGGAGAGACUUCUCUACGCCUCACGGCACGGUGACAGCCAGACUGUGCGACAGCUUCUCCGACAAAACAAUGAGGGCGCUAUUCAACUCAACAUUGACUGCAAAGGUACAACCAAGGCCAAUCUAGGCUGGAGCCCGCUCCAUCUAGCAGCCUACUUUGGACACGUCGAGGUGGCCACGCUGUUACUGAGCUACAAUGCCGAUUUCGAUAUUGUCAACACUAACGGUGACACGCCCCUGCACCGAGCAGCAUUCACUGGAAGACUUGAAUUGGUAGCUGCACUCAUUCAGUAUGGAGCAGAUGUCACUAUUGUCAACGGAGAGGGUCACAUGGCUAGAGACAUCGCCCACGGCGACGACAUUCAGAAGAUGCUGAUUGCAACUGAGCAGGCGCAGAAGUUAAAGUUAGAGCAACAACUUCUAGCAUCGUCCGCAGAGGGACUUUUGGACCAUGUCCAAACGCUGUUGUUUGGUCCCCGCCCACCCAACAUUAACUGCGCCGACGUGACGGGGAACACGCCCCUGCACUGCGCCAGCUAUCGGGACCAGCACGAGGUGGUCAUGCUGCUACUGCAGCACGGCGCAAACCCCCGCCUCCCAAACAAGAAGGGACACACCCCCAUCGACCUGGCCCAGUCGCAGCACAUGAAGCAACUACUGAACGUUAAACCAGUCAAGGUCGUGCAAAGUGUGGAUAAACGUGAAGGGCCGUUACUGAAGACCAGAUUCACAGGUAGCCUGAAACAGUACUGGGUCGUGCUGGACAGAGGUAUACUAACGUACUAUAGGAAAAGGGCUGACGCGGUGGCGGGCAUUAAGCGUGUGGGCUUCAGAUACCUUGAUCAUGCCGAAUUUAAGACCAGCACAACUAACUCCAAUGCUUUUGCGAUACAGUACUCUAACAACACUGUGCAUACAUGGCUACUGGAUCCUGAAUGCACCAAAGUAUCACGAGAGGACUGGUUGAACGCACUGGAAGACCACCGGGCCUACAGCGAUCACUACACCAUGGCCAGCACAGUGGACGAUGAUUACGAUGACGUCAGCGAAGAAUUCCUGCCUCUAGGUUCCAUCGCCGAUUCCUUGAAAACUGCACAGGCACGGCAGAGAGUCUUGGAGCAAUCUGCCGAGAGCUUUCAGAAACUUGUGGACCGUUGUCUGAGCAAGAAGGCUAAAGAUCAGGCCUCUGCCCUGGAGUAUAUGGAGAGUUUGCCGGAAGUUCGGAGGCAACUAGCCUGGCUGACUGACGCAUCCAAGAGUUUAUGCAGCACUCUGGGGCAGUGUCUGGCAUCUAUGAUGCAACAAGAAGAGUUGCGUAAAGUCGAGCUGUCGCAAGCCCUUGAGAAGUCCCGCGUUCUGCAGGAUGGGCUGCAGGCCCUAGCCCUGGAGCACCACGACUUGGAGCAGAUCUCCAGAUAUUCUUCAUUCAGUGGGACCUUCUACGAUGCCAAGACGGAGGCCAGUUGCGCUGGCAGCCCAGAGAGCCUGAGCGACAGGGCCUCUCUGGAAUUAACUGGUUCCCUCAGCGACUCGGAUAGCUUCCACAGCAUCAUGGACGGAGUCACCGGUUCCCUGGACAGGUUACAUGUAGCCGACCCCGAGGGUCAGAGGUCGGACCUCAAGAAGGAUGGGCCAGAAGAGGAGACGAAACCCAUGGCGAACGGGGUGACGGAUAUAGUCAUACCUGGCUGCUCACGGACGAAGUUGCCCGCGGUCAUGAUCCGUCGGGACCAGUUCAGUCUCUGGACUGUCCUCAAGCAGUGCAUAGGCAAGGAGUUAUCCAAGAUCACCAUGCCUGUGGUGUUUAAUGAGCCGCUGAGCUUUCUACAACGGUUCUGCGAGUACACAGAGCACUGUCAGUUGCUGUACAAGGCUGCAAUGAGCGACGAUCCGGUGGAGAGAAUGAAGUAUGUAGCAACGUUCGCCAUGGCAGCUGGGGCUUCCAACCUAGACCGGCUUAGCAAGCCUUUCAACCCACUAUUGGGAGAGACGUAUGAACUAGUCAGGGAUGACAUGGAUAUGAAGAUUGUCCUCGAGCAAGUCAGCCACCAUCCCCCGGUCAGCGCCUUCCAUUGCACCUCACCGUACUUUGAGUUCCACGGAUCUAUCUACCCGAAGCUAAAAUUCUGGGGGAAGAGCCUUGAGGUUUUACCCAAGGGCGUGGUCACCGUGACUAUCCCUAAGUACAAUGAGACGUACACGUGGCACAACCCCAGCAGUUGUCUACACAACCUCAUCGUGGGCAAGCUGUGGAUCGAGAUGUACGGCCUGUUGGAGAUGACCAACCAUAGGACGGGCCACAAGUGCUUCCUACACUUCAAGCCGGCCGGCUGGUUCGGCAAAGAUCUACAUAAGGUAGAGGGCUACAUCACAAACAAGAAUGACGAGAAGAUUGUCAUGCUGUUUGGCAAGUGGACGGAGUACCUGUACGCCAUGGAUCCUGAGAACUACGACGGCGCGAGGAAAGAAGAGAAGAAACGCCACCACCGGCAUGGCCUCGGCCACGGAUCGGGCAGCCCCUCUGAUCACGUCACGUAUGACAUGCCCCUCAAUCCCGAGGGUGAGGAAUUCAACAAUGCGCAGCUGCUGUGGCACAACACAGCGAGGCCAGACAACUCCACACAGUAUUAUAACUUCACACUGUUUGCAAUAAGACUCAACGAGCUGACAGAACAGAUGAAGACUCACCUGCCGCCCACUGACGCAAGAUUCCGUCCCGACAUCCGAUGCAUGGAGAACGGAGACAUCGAUUCUGCGUCCGACGAGAAGCACCGUUUGGAGGAGAAACAGCGGGCGACGCGCAAACACCGCAGCAAGAGCAAGGAGACCUGGUCCCCGCUGUGGUUCAAGCUGGACAUCAAUCCCAACACCGGGGAGCAAGACUGGGUCCUAAAAGGCAACUACUGGGACCGGAAAUACACCAAAUGCCCCGACAUUUUUUAAUGACGAGCCACGAAUUAGGCAAACCCCAAAGAACUAAAAUAACUUGACGUUGGGAUUGAAAGAAACUUGCUGCCAGUAAAAAAAAUCGGUUGAGAAAGGUGUUACAUCUCGGAGUCGCAAAAAUUGAGGAACGAUGUGAGUUUUAAGUUAGUGGCAGCUUAGCAGGAGAGGAACAGACUCGUCCGAACUUAGGAAGAAUUUGCUUUGUGAGCAGCCUGGAUUUGGCAAAACGUAAGGCCUGAUUGAACGAUGCUCUUGUGUUGAUUACUGCAAUGCUGUGAAGAAAAGCUCAUCUUCUUGGACAAAAAAGUGCAAAGAGAAUUCUUCAGUUUUUGGUUGAGGAUUUAAAAGCCAAGCUUGGAGCGGCCAGCGAAAGAAUUCACCCAAAAAAGAGACAAUUUUUAAUCGCAGCAUGGAGCUCGCUGUAUCGCGAUGUAACUUCCUAAGCUGAUUAUUUGUAGCUAGUCAUCGUCUGAUCUUCACGGACAAAAGGAAAACGAAAACUUUUUGAAAAGAUGAAGACAGCUUAUUAGUAUUGGAAUCAGUGUUUUGUAAGCCAGUCCAUUCGAGGCAGGAUUUUAUUUGUCGUGGCUUAAAUUCCAGCGGACGGAAUGUGGAAUACUAUUUUAUUUUAUUUUUCUUGCUGACAAUGUAAAGAAAGCAAAGUUAAGACUUCAUGCCAAAUUGUUGGAUGCUGCUACAGUAACAGUUCUCCCCAAGACUCAUCCUGUGAUCAGCAUCAUCCACAAACUGGGACCGGACCCCGACUGAGAAUAUUUCUAUUCUGCCUGGAUGGGAUGCCAGUCCAACGCAGCUUACUUCUCAGCGAAUCCUGUUACCCAUUUUCGACACCAGGCAUGCCGGAUGGAAAGAGGUACAGGUAAAGUGGCUUGCCCAAGGACACAAUAUAUUGCCCGCGUCAGGAUUCAAACCCCUAACCCUCUGAUGACGAGUUGCAUUUCCUUACCAUCAUACACCCAGCUAAUCCUGUUUCCCAUUUUUUUUUUACAUCGGAGUCAAGUGGAGGUAAAGUGGCUUGCCCAAGGACACGACAUACGGCCAGCAGCAGGUUUUGAACCCUGACCCUCAAAUCAAGAGUUGCUAAGCAAAUGUUUUCUUUGCUUGUUUUUCGGUGCAUGAAAUGGAACAGUCAUGCCAAAACCCCAUCCCAACACCCACCCCCUACCCCAUAUCACCCCCUACAUUCACCCCACCCCUCACCCCCAGCCCUACCCCCACCCCUUACCCCACGACCCAGCCCCACCCCCACAAUCAAAAGGUAUGUACAGUAGCCACAUGCAAGUGUGGAGCCCUGUUUAUUUAAUUCCAAUAGAGAUCUUGUGAAACUAAAUCAUUGUCCAAAAAAUUCAUUUGCCAAAAAAAAUGACUUAAUUUAUUCACACACACACAAAAAGAAACUGAGUGUCAUUUUUUAAAAAACUAGAGAAACAUACUAAAAAUAUUUACUAUGAGGUCACAAUAAUGUGUAAUAUUGUACAGUAAGUUUCCACUACAUUUUUCUGUAACAAGAUGGCUGCAUUACUAUAUAACUGAAGUCUCUGUGAAUCAUAUAAACUCAAAAUUUUAUCUUUUCACAUCAAUGUCUUUUGAUACCGACAUUCUCACAUUUUCACCCUUGUCCACAUGUUGUACUCCAGACCGGAGAAUUCAGUAAAAAGAACUUGUAUCUCUACAUUUAUAUUUUGUGACCUUUUCCUAAUCUAUAUUUUAAUCCUGAAAAGAAAGAACAUAAAUUCUGUAGAGGAAAAGAGACAAUGUGAAUGAAAAAAAAAAUUGGAAGUACUUACAUGUAAUUGUACAAAAUAGAAAGUUGGUAAAUGUACAUGUGUAUUUUAACUUUUGUACAAAAGUUCUUGCAGGCGUCCUGCUUAGACAUUAAGUGUGAAAUGCUGGAAGGUCAAUCAUUAAAGCGAAUGGCUCUUUUUGUUUUCCACAAAAAAUAUAUUCUCCUUAAAGAUAUAACUGUGUUAGCCAUAACAGAUUGCACGAUACUUCCCAGUAACUUAAAAAGCUGGUCAAGAGUGCAAACAAUUCUGUUCCGUUUUCGUGGCCCACUUUACAAAAGGGUAUUAUGUCGCAAACAAAGUUAAAUUGAGUUAUAGACAUGGUUUGAAGGUUACGAGGUAAUCCUAUAUGAUAGCACUGCCCGGCUCAUAAGUGAAACACUGUUCUGGCCCUCUGGGCACAGAAAAAAAAAAAUUUUCACAAAAUUGCCAAAGAUUGCUACAUAAAAGGAUGGCAAUUUCUUUUUAAAUUUGUAAAUGACAGUAAUCUUGCCAUUGUGGAAUGUGUGCGAUUAUUUAAAUUCGGACUGUGAACGGCAAGAGCGUGACAAUAUGUAACAUUUUGUGAUGGUGAAUUAUGUCUGUUAAUUACGAAAACUUGAAGAAAUUACUGAGUGGCUAAGUUUUCUUUUCAAGUUUUCUUUUCUUUUUAAAGUAAUUCAAAUGCUCAGUGGUAAAAAAAAUAUUCAGAAAAAAAAUUUGUUGACUUUAUACACACUAAAAAAAAUAUUCUGAAAAUUUCACCCUUUUUUUUCAAUUUGUUUGUUAAAUAUAGCAAAAUUGCCACAGAAUGUUCUGAAAAAUAGGUUCACAAUUAAUAUAUUCAUUUGCCCCCUAUUAAAGCAUGUGUGAUGUUCUUCCUUGGGUAUUAUUGCAAAAAUGGCAACAUUUUUAAUGGUAAAUUAUGCGAUAGGUCCUGUAUACAUGUACACGUACAAAAAUAUGAAUUAACGAAACUUUUUGACGCCCAAAAGUGCCUCAAAACCACUCAAACCUCUGUCUACUUAUUCUUUCCACAUAAUACACAAACUAUUCGACAUUUAAAGUCUACUUCAAGAUAAUAAGUAAUUGAAUUUAUAUUAAGAAACAAAUACGAGUAGGUCAUGUGAUUACUUCUUUGCAUGUCAUUGGUCAAUGUUCUUUGCCCAAAAUUAGAAAACAUUUCAGCUUCCACUUUGUUAACAGCUCUGUUUUUGACAUGAAGUAUAGGCUUGUGUCAAGGACAAGGUGCUGUACAUUUUCAUAUAAAGAUUGUCAUUUUAACAUUUGUUUUCCAAAGUUGUAUGGUAGUCCAAACCUUUGAUUAUCUGAUGUACUGUAUCUGUGUAAAGAAGACUUGGAACCAGACCUUUCUUGGUGAAACUUUCAGUUGUCUGAUUUUUGGGCCGCUUUUAAACUGUCCUACAUUUCUGUAAAUGUAUCUUUUAGGGUCACAUGUUGUAAUCAAAAGUUAUACCCUAGGGAGAGGGAGACAUGUGAAUGUCUCUUUAAUGUUUCCAGGCCUUUAAAAAUGUUGUUACUGCAAAUAGGCUACAUCAAUUCCUGGUGACGCAAAACCCCAAUUUACAAACUUUGGUGAGGGUAGGAUAAGGUUAGGUUUAGGGGUCAUUCAAGUUAGGAUUUUUUGUGCAGCAGUAUGGGAAUGUCUCCUUAUGUACCAUUUUCCAUAGUGGUAAUUAUUUGUAUAAUUUUACCGGCACAAUAAUUUUUUAAUUGAAAUUACUUAUUUUUGUCACGUCAGAGGUCAACAACAAAUACUUGCUUUUGUCUUAAAAAUAUGAAAGCAUAGUGAAAGGUAACAUUUGCCAAGUAAGCUUCUAAAUUAAAAGUCAGGAUUUGUUGUCCUGACACUUCAGCGAUUGAUAAAUCCUCAACUUCUUUUGCUUACUGUUUGGCCAUAAGAUCUUUUGUUUUAAGAUUACUAAUUCCAUAGCUUGUCUUGUGCCCAGACGACAAACAAUAUCAGUAAUAAAACCCAAACCCUGUAUAAUGUUAGUGUACGUGCAAAGGCAUUUUGAACAGUAAAUUGGACGAGUGUAAAUAAUUUUACAUAACUGAUUUAUUAAUUUCGCAGUAUUUACAUUUAAAGUGACAAAAUUGUGAGGCAUUAUUAAGACGUAAAUGUGUAAGUAUAUUGUAAAUUUAAUCUUUAUCAGGGUUUCUUGAGAGGGAGAGGAUUGAAAGGAAUUUAUAAACAAUUAUGCAGGAGAAAUAUAGGAUAAUUCUGGCCAAUUAAAACAAUUUUAACGAAAGAUCUAA